AUGAACGGCGGCCAGCAGCAGCCACAAGAGACAGAGACACAGCAAGAACAAUACUCACCUUCGUCCCAACCACGAUCCGAGCCCAAGACGACCGCGACGACCGGCAGCAUCAAGAACAGCGCCGGAGGGGAGGCAGGCACUGGCGGAGUAGUAGGGCUUACGGCAGGCAGCGGCGCGACGCCGACGGUCAAGAUGCAGCAGGCCCGGCAGGACGCGCCGGCCGUCACACCCGCGACGGCGACGGCGACAUCGCCCUCGAUGACGACGGCCUCUGCGGCGGCAGCGGCAGCGACCGCGGCUGCCACGGCCACCGCGUCUGGGGCAAACGGGAGCGGCGGCAGCAGCAACAAUAAUGGCAACAAUUCGCCGGCCACGGCGUCAGCGGCGGCGACGGUGGCGGCGAUCAACAAGAAGCGCAAGAAGGAGGGGUUAAAGCCGAUUAUCACGACGGACAAUCCGGCGACAGGGUCAAAGUUCUCGGUUGGCAACAACAACGCAACAGGGCAAGGCAGGGCAGAGAGGCAAGGGGAAACACGACAGGGUUCUAGCCAGGAGGUCGCUGCGUCCGAGAGAGAGAAGAGUUCGCGAGAACGGGACGAGGAUGAGGGCGAAGACGAAGACGAGCACCACCCUUGCCUACAACCGCCUGACCACACACAUACGAUGCAGCUCUGA